AACCAUGAAGUCUGGCCUCGUCCAUGCGCCAUGGCCAUGAAGGAUGGCUCUAAGUACCGGGUGCGAGCCCGGAGCCUGACGAGCAUGCCUGAGGGAGAUCCAGGCGAUAGUUGGAAUGCAGUCUCGGCCGUCGUGGAGAUGGAGAGCUUUGGCCCUCCAGAGGGGAAGAAAGCGCGCGACUCCCGUUGGGCGACUUGGGCCAGCUGCUUGCCGUGUUGGACGGAGGAUGACAAGGACCUGGCCUCUUGGCGCCUCUCAGACGCUGAACGAGCUAAAGCCAGGGAAUGCCUGGCAGAGGCCCGGAGAACCAGCAAAGAUGGAUAUCACAGACCUUCCAUGUGCUUCAUACGCCAGGACAUCCUCACGGGCAAAUGGGCACACUUUCAGCUCGGCACUGGGAACGAGAAGAAGCCCCGGCAAACCGAAAGCAAAAGCAAGCAAGUACCCAUGAGGCCAAUCCAUGAAGAGCCGGAGCAGUUGGACGGUUGCCCCUUCUGUGCGUCUCACGUGCCUGAGGCAGCGGAUGUCCUACGCUUCGAGAAAAUCCCGAACGGCGAGGGGGAAUCCCAGGGCACUGAGACCAUGCUGAUGGCCAACUUUUGGAAGUAUGAUGCCUACGAGACCCUCAUGGUGGCAGGGCAUCAGUUGAAGAAUGACUGGUCACGACCGAAUGGUCGGCCCUGGCAGGUCCGUGUAGUUCGCAACAUCUACCCCAGCAUGAGCGUGCCACGGGAGUACUAUGAUGAUGGUUGCGACACUGGCUUUCUGGAUGACCGUGCUGGCAACAUGAUCAACCCCAGAGUUGGGCACCCCUUGUAUUUGCAGGUGCCCGGCGUCGGCUUUAAUGAUGUGGUCAUCGAGACGCCUCUCCACAACAUGUGCGCGGCACUGGAGCAAGAGGAGUGCAUAGCCUUGGCGCUCCGUGCCAUUGUGAUCCGUGGCCAGCAAUUGCUAUCGAAUCCCCUUGUGGGAUACGUCACCGUGUUUAAGCAGCACAAGUGCGGCAGCAUCGUGCAUGCUCACUGGCAGAUUAUCACGACGCCCUUCGUCCCCAGCUCCGUGGAUGUGCAACUUAUUCGGGCAGCACGCCUGAAGCAACGCUUUGGGCUUUGCGUGGGCUGUCAAGUGCUUGUGUCAGCCCCAACCGGGACCGACUUGGCCUCGGAGCGCUUGGUUCUGGAAACGGAGCACUUCGUGGUCUCCGCGCCCUUCGCCUGCCGCGAGCGCUGGCGCCUUUACUUGGCGCCCAAGCGGCACUCUCCAGACUUCUUUCAAAUCUUGCCCCUGGAGCUGGAGGAUUUAGCACAUGUGCUGAAGCGAGUGCUUCAAAUGUAUUAUUUUAAGCUGGACGACUGCCCUUUCAACAUUGCUGUGUGGACUAGACCGAGUUGUGAGACCCAGCGCAGCAGCUGGUUUCACAAAUUCAGGCUUUGUGGUGGGUCUGAGAGUUACAACUACUUUCACUGGUACAUCGGCUUCUACCCGCGGGGCAAAGCUGUCCCGCAGGGCUUCAAGAAUGCUACGGACAUUGCACCCAUGAAGAAUCUUCCAGAAGACGAUGCCAUGAUCAUGCGGCAGUGGCUGGCGGAGCUAGAGAUGGCCGGAGAUUCCCCAUCCACCUGACUGAGCGAAGGUGGAGUGAACGGCGGAUGUUAGCGCUAGCAGCAUUUUCCAAAGAGACCAGGUAGCACUGCAAAAAUGCAAUGCUAAAGUUGGUCUCUUAGCUCUAGGAGUCAUUCAGACUUUGGCCUUUGCGAUUUACGAAAA